UUUAGUGUGAUUUGACAUAGUAUUCUCCGGGGUAAAUUUUUGUUUAUCGUGUUUUUGGUAAUAUUCUGAGUGAAAAUGGAUAUUUUACCAGUGAAAGAUGUUUGGUAUAGGAGGAUUCAGAGAUGUUACCUUCCUGCAGAAUAUUUUUCUAACAAAUUACGUCCAGGAAGUUGGAUAAUUUGUCGUUUGUCGGAUGGAAGUGAGGUUAUAUCUCGUGCUUUUCUUCAUUCUCGGCGGAUGUUCUCCCGGAAUCUUGUUUAUCUGGAUCAGAGUGUGGUAAAAAAGGCCAGUGACACAGAUUCCCAACUCCAGGUAAUUCAUUAUGAAUCUCUGAGAAAUGUAAGAGACUUUCAGAGCAUAGCAAUAGAAGUUUGUGUAAGCGAUAUUAGCUGUCCGGAAGUCUCCAAUAGAGCUUCUUUGGGGAGAAUCUUGAGAAAGAUCCUACGACUUUUUACCUUCUCUGUGGAUUGUGUUAUACUCCUGGAGGAUAUAACUUCCCUUCCCAUUGUCUCAAUCAGAGUGACAUCGACCAGGGAAGGAGGAAUCGGGUCAGUCAGUGAAAUGACUUCCUUGAGAAUUACAAACAUUAUCUUUAGGAGUACCCAGGGUAUAAGGGAGGAUGUGUUUGUGGGAUAUUCAGAGAUUGAGGAAACAAUGAGUGAUAUUUUGAUGAGGAAUCAGGAAUAUCUUAGAGAUUCCGGUCAGAAAUUCCCCCCUCCAAAUGAAAUACUUUUAGUGGGAUCUUCCGGAGUUGGGAAAACCAGUCUUAUUCAUCAUUUGGCCAGGAAAUUCCAUUGCAACUUGUUUCCACUCGAGUCUAAUGACUUUCAAGGACAGUAUCCUGGAGAGUCUGAAAAGUUGUUGGAGAAAUUCUCCCGGAACAUAACAGAAUUGAGUAAAGGUCAGGAAGAUUACCUCUCACUGGUCGUUAUUGAGGAUAUUGACGUACUUUGUCCGAAGGAUUCUUCAUCUGGAGAGCGUAAUACUGAAAAGCUUGGAACAUCUCUUAUAAACUUCCUGGAAAGGAUAUCUGGAGCUAAGGGGGUCCUUGUUGUAGCCACAGCGAAGGAUGUGACUAAUUUGAGUGGAUCUGCGAGGAGAAAAGGUCGUCUGGAAGUGGAAAUCUUCAUCAGGAAUCCUAAUAAAAAGCAAAGGGAGGUGAUUUCAGGGAGUUUUCUGGACUCUCAAAUGAGUAAUACAGAACUUCCUUCCUGGAUAGCUGAGAGGACGUCGGGAUUUGUAGCUGGAGAUCUCAAGAUGCUGAUUGAGAGAGCGAUUGAGAAGAAUAAGAAUGGGAACCUGAAGGAAUCUCUCCAGACUCAAUUGAAAUCAAUGAGAUUGUCCAAUGUCAAGUCCAGCAAUCUUCUCGUAGAAUCUGACUCUGUAGAUUUUGAGAAUUUGGGAGGAUUGGAUGGUCUCAAAAAGACCAUUGAGGUGGCAAUUGUGGCGCCCCUGAAAGAUCCUACUGCCUUUGACAGAAUGGGUCUUGAUAAAACCAAAGGAAUCCUCUUAUACGGGCCUCCAGGAUGUGCCAAGACCACAAUUGUCCGUGCUUUAGCCAAGAAAACCCACAUGCCACUUCUUGCAGUAUCUCCAGCACAAGUAUACUCCCCCUACGUUGGAGACUCCGAGCGUUUUCUAACCAAGGUCUUCCAUGAAGCCAGGAUGUGUACUCCAUCGAUUCUCUUCAUUGACGAACUGGAUGCUCUAGUGGGAUGCCGUCAGCGUGGCUCCAGCAGCGACGUCCAGUCGAGAAUCCUAGCAGUUCUUCUGACAGCUCUCGAUGGCAUCAGUCGUCAGAUCGAUGGGGCUCCGGAAGGAAAUGUUCUAGUUGUUGCUGCAACUAAUCGCCCAGAUGUCAUUGAUGAGGCCCUGAUGCGUCCAGGAAGAUUUGAUAAACUGAUCCACGUGCCUCCUCCUCUGAACCGGAAAGACAGGCUGGAAAUUUUGCAGAAGUUGACUGAAAAAAUGCCUCUAAAGGAAGUUAAUCUUGAAGUUCUUGCUGAAUCUACGGGAAAUUUUUCAGGGGCUGAUCUGAAAAGCCUCUGUCGAGAGGCAGCUCUCCAGAGACUUACAGUAGACAUUUCUGCGGAAUUCUUAACCCAGGCGGAUUUUUUAAAAGCCCUGGAUGAGAUGAGACCUUCUCUGACGGACGCUCAAAUAGCUUGGUACAGAGAUUUCGAGGGAAAGAAACAGAUAAACGGAUGAAAGCAAGGAUGAAAGUCCAUUUAUUCCUGAUAAAAAUAUGUUUCCAGAGAGAAUCGUCACAGGAUUUUUAAAUCAAGAAGGCCAAGCAAAUAAAGCAAAAAGAGUAAGAAAUUCAAGUUGGAGGAUCUCAAGGAUAUUAUCGGACUUAGAGUAAAUCCAGAAAGAAAAGGAGAAAAUGAUUAAAUAUAAAAUUUAUGAAAUGAAAGCUUAAAAAAAUAGUGAAAUCGCAGUAAGAAGUUUAAGUGAAAAUAAAAUAAUCAUAUUAAAAAUUGUGCAGAGGAUAAUAAAGACAAAGUGAUAUUAAUGAAUGAAA